CUGAAUCGAUCUCACCUUAUCCGGCCAAUUCACCACCGUCACGAUGAGGGCCAAACGCUCCAAAAAGUACCGGAAGCUGAUGCACCAGUAUGAGCUCACAUUCGGAUUCCGUGAGCCGUACCAAGUUCUGGUGGAUUCGAAUUUCCUGCGCGCAGUGCACAGUUUCAAGAUGGAGUUGAUACCGGCGCUGGAGCGCACCGUGCAAGGGAAGGUGAAGCCGCUCCUCACGAAAUGCUCACUCGCCGCUAUCAUGGCCAAUCAACCCCUCCACCCCCGCACCAACAACCCGAUACGUCCACAUUUCCUGCCCCCGCCGACGGAAGUGCCCCUCCGGCACUGCUCGCACAACGAGGACUCGACCCCGAUCGACGAGGUCGAGUGUCUCCUGUCGCUGCUGUCGCCGACCACGGAGGUGAAGAAGAACAAGGAGCACUACAUCCUCGCGACGGCGGACGCGCCGGCCGCGGCGGAGAAGGAGAAGGAGCGGGCGGCGAUCGCGGCGGGCAAGAAGCGCAAGCGCGGCACGGACCGCGAGGCCGAGACCGCGAUCCAGAAGUCCCGGGAGCUGCGCCAGGGCGCGCGCGCCAUCCCCGGCGUGCCGAUCGUGUAUGUUAAGCGCUCGGUCAUGGUGCUGGAGCCCAUGAGCGGCCCCUCGGAGGAUAUCCGCGACGGCGUCGAGCAAGGGAAGUUCCGGGCGGGGUUGAGUGAGGAGGCGCGAAAGAAGGCCGAGGCUAAGGCGGCGGCGGCGGCCUCGGGAGAUACCAAGAACAGCAGUAGCAGCAGCAAGAAGCCGGGGAUGAAGAAAGCCAAGGGGCCCAAUCCGUUGAGUAUGAAGAAGCCGAAGAAACGGACUACCGAGGGUGGUGCGGCGGCGGCGGCGGCGGCGCCUCGGCCCAAGCGGAAGGAUACUGACGCUGAUGGGGCCGAGGGGGGGGUUGCGGCGGAGGAAGGAGUCGAUGGUGAUGCUGCUGCGCCCAAGGCGAAGCGCAGACGUCGUCAUCACAACAAGGGUGCUAAGCAGGAGGAUGGCAAUGAAGCUGGCGAGUCCGUUGCUGCGGCUCCGGCUGCGGGCGAUGCCAUGGAGGAAUAAUCUGCUUUUUUUUUAUCUGGUUUGCGCUUUUCUUCUUGGUUUUUCUGUUGCUAUUUUUAAGUAUGGCGUUCGGCUGGGAUGGAAGAGAAAAAAAUGUGUCCAUAUAUGUAUGAGCAGUGAGCUGUAUAUCCAAUCUUUCAUAUCUUCAUAUUGGAAGAUAAAGAUACCUUUCGAGAUAUCUUUCUUCCCAACCCGGAAU